AUGGCAGAGAUGCUCGUAGAGAUGAAGUACACAUCAGUCGAAGUCAAGGUAAAGAGACUGAGGCGAGAAGACAGAGCGAUGCUGGAGAGGAUGAUAGAAAAGGAACAGGAGACAAGAGUGAGUAUAAGCCAUGUAACAGAACCAGAAACGAUCAGAGACAUACAUGGGCUGAAGGAGAACAUUGUAGAGCUGGAUAUCUCGUGGGAUAAAAACCGAAGCGACUCAGACUGGAAAACAAUAGGAGAGAUGACGGGUCUUGAGAGGCUGAACAUAGAAUCUUGUAACAUGCAAGAAGAGCAGUGCUCGAGACAUCUUGGAAGGCUGAAGUGUCGCAUAGAAAGAUAG